GUUGUGCAGGUUCAGCAACAGGUUCAUCCCAGUUUUUCAGCAAAAGAAGAUUCCCUCUAUUAUAUUGAAGAGUUGAUACUUCAGCUGCUAAACAAACUAUGCAUUGCACAGCCACGGACUGUCCAAGAUGUUGAGGAGCGAGUUCAAAAGACAUUUCCUCAUCCAAUUGACAAGUGGGCUAUUGCUGAUGCACAGUCUGCUAUAGAGAAACGAAAACGAAGAAACCCUCUCCUCCUACCUGUGGACAAGAUACAUCCCCUAUUAAAGGAGGUUCUAGGCUAUAAAGUAGAUUAUCAUGUCUCUCUUUAUAUUGUGGCUGUUUUGGAAUACAUCUCAGCUGACAUUUUGAAACUGGCUGGAAAUUAUGUUUUCAAUAUACGACACUUUGAAAUCUCCCAGCAAGACAUUAAAGUGUCUAUGUGUGCUGAUAAGGUUUUGAUGGAUAUGUUUGAUCAGGAUGUUAUUGGUUUGGUUUCGCUGUGUGAAGAUGAGCCCUCUUCUUCAGGUGAACUCAAUUACUAUGAGCUAGUGAGAACUGAAAUUGCAGAAGAAAGACAAUAUCUACGGGAGUUGAAUCUGAUAAUAAAAGUGUUCCGGGAAGCUUUCCUGUCUAAUAGAAAGUUGUUCACACCUUACGAUAUCGAUACGAUCUUUAGCAACAUUUCAGAUAUUCAUGAAUUGACUGUGAAGCUUUUGGGGUUGAUUGAGGAUACUGUUGAAAUGACAGACGAAAGUAGUCCUCAUCCUUUGGCUGGCAGCUGCUUUGAAGAUCUGGCAGAGGAACAAGCCUUUGAUCCAUAUGAAACUUUGUCCCAGGAUAUUCUUUCCCCACGGUUUCAUGAGCAUUUUAAUAACUUGAUGGCUAAACCAGCUGUUGCACUACAUUUUCAGUCUAUUGCUGAAGGUUUUAAAGAAGCUGUACGGUAUGUUCUUCCACGACUUAUGCUGAUCCCAGUUUAUCAUUGUUUGCACUAUUUUGAAUUAUUACAGCAAUUGCAGGAAUGCAGUGAAGAUGAAGAAGACAGGGAGUGCUUGAAACAAGCCAUUACUGCUCUUUUAAAUCUCCAAUGCAGCAUGGAGCGCAUUUACAAUAAACAUUCACCUAGACGGCGGCCUGGGGAGACAAUUUGUCGUUUUUACAACCGCCAAGUAAGAAGCAAGCACCUGGCCAUCAAAAAAAUGAAUGAGAUCCAGAAAAAUAUUGAUGGUUGGGAAGGCAAAGAUAUUGGCCAGUGCUGCAAUGAAUUCAUAAUGGAAGGUGUGCUGACAAGGAUGGGAGCCAAACAUGAACGCCACAUAUUUCUCUUUGAUGGUUUACUGAUCAGCUGUAAAACUAAUCAUGGACAAUCGCGGCUUCCAGGUUACAGCAAUACAGAGUACAGACUUAAGGAAAAAAUUAUCAUGAGGAAAAUGCAGAUCAUUGACAAAGAUGACACUUGUGAAUACAAACAUGCUUUUGAGCUAGCGUCUAAAGACGAAAACAGCAUCGUGUUUGCUGCCAAGUCUGCUGAAGAGAAGAACAAUUGGAUGGCAGCUCUGAUUUCCCUUCAGUAUCGCAGUACACUGGAUCGAAUGCUUGACUCAGUGUUACUGCAAGAAGAAAAUGAACAACCACUGAGGCUGCCCAGCCCAAAUGUGUAUCGUUUUGUAGUGGAAGACUCUGAGGAAAACAUUGUUUUUGAGGACAAUCUGCAAAGUAGGAAUGGAAUCCCGAUCAUUAAAGGAGGAACUGUAGUGAAACUAAUUGAAAGGCUAACAUACCAUAUGUAUGCAGAUCCUAAUUUUGUUCGCACUUUCCUUACUACCUACCGCUCCUUUUGUAAGCCACAGGAAUUGCUGAGCUUGUUGAUUGAAAGCGGUUCUUUGAAAAUCUCAAUCCUAUGGGAAAUGCACCAGAAAAAGAGUUUACAGACUACUUGUUCAACAAAUCAUUAGAAAUUGAACCUCGAAACUGCAAACAGCCACCUAGAUUUCCUAGGAAAACAACAUACCCUCUAAAAUCUCCUGGAAUAAGGCCCAAUACUGGCAGACAUGGCUCCACCUCUGGAACCUUGCGAGGUCACCCAACGCCACUGGAAAGGGAACCAUGUAAAAUAAGUUUCAGUAGAAUUACUGAAGCAGAGCAUGAGUCAGCAGCAUCGGCCCCAACUUCUCCGAAUACGCCGUCUACUCCGCCAGUGUCUGCCUCUUCGGAACUCAGUGUAUUUUUAGAUAUUGAUCUCAACAGUUCUUAUGGUAACAAUAGCAUCUUUGCUCCUGUCCAUUUGCCGCAGUCAAAAUCUUUCUUCAGUUCGUGUGGUAGUAUACAUAAACUAAGUGAAGAGCCUCUGGUUCCUCCUCCACUUCCUCCACGCAAAAAGUUUGAUCAGGAUGCUUCUAACUCUAAGGGAAGUUUAAAAUUGGAUGAUGAUCCUCCUGCUAUUCCACCAAGGCAACCGCCUCCUCCAAAGAUACAACCUAGAGUUCCUGCUUACAAUAAUCCAUUUGAUCAACUGCUGCAUAGUCCACCACCACCCCCUCCAAGAGACCCUCUUCCUGACACCCCUCCACCAGUACCACUUCGGCCUCCAGAACACUUCAUAAACUGUCCAUUUAACCUCCAGCCACCGCCAGUGGGACGCUUUCACAGAGAUCCAGAUCGGUUCAGGGAAGCCAGCACAUGCCCAAGCUCACCAAACACUCCUCCAAGCACACCCUCUCCAAGGGUCCUGCGUCGCUGCUGUGGGCUCAGCUCGAGUCACAACAACCUUGCCCAUCCUCUAGCUCCCCCAGUCCCACCAAGGCAAAAUUCUAGCCCUCAGUUACCAAAACUGCCACCAAAGACUUACAAAAGGGAGCUUUCCCAUCCUCCUUUGGACAGACAGUCUUUGCUAGAAAAUGCAGAAACUCCUCAAUGACCUUAGCCAUAUUAGUCAUUGACACUGGAAUAGUAUUUGUAAAGUUCCUUUUUAUUUAUUCAAAAAAAAAGGCAGUGUAUUUUAGUACUUUCACAAAUAAUGCUCUUACAAAAGUGCUGCUGAUCAAAAAAAAAAAGUUAAAAAUUAGAAAAACCCUCUGCUCUUUGUCUACUCCCACAGCAUUACCCUCAGGUGAUCAGUAGCAUUGCCUUGUCUCAGAUCCUCAGUGCCGACAGCUAUGCCAGUAUAAAGAUUAUAUAUUUUGCACUGUAAACUACACUACAUGAAUUUAAACUAUCAGUUCAUUGCACUGAGCCGGAAAAAAAAGGUGCGUUUGUGGAAUUUUUCAAAUUUGAGCACUAGUGGCCUUUAUUUAAAAAAACAAAAACAAAAAAAAAAACCAGUGGAAUUGCUACACAAGCAUGAGGAUGGAUAGUGUUACUGAUUUUAAACCUCUGGCUACUUGCCUUCGAAUUUUAUGUAAAUCUGGGAAGUUUGUGAAUGACAACUACUGUUCUCAAAUUUUUAAUGCCAUGUCUUAAUGUCCAGUCAUUUGCUGCUGAAGAGGAAACAGAAAAAUGAGUUGAAAAUCUAAAUGAAGAUACCAGAAUGCACUAUUAGUUUUAGGGGGGGAAUAGCUCAGUGGUUUGAGCAUUGGCCUGCUAAACCCAGGGUUGUGAGUUCAAUCCUUGAGGGGGCCAUUUAGGGAUUUGGGGCAAAAAUCUGCUUGGGGAUUGUUCCUGCUUUGAGCAGGGGGUUGGACUAGAUGACCUCCUGAGGUCCCUUCCAACCCUGACAUUCUAUGAUUAUUUUGACAAAGUAUAACCUAGGACUACCUAACCCAGUUAUUGGAAAGAAUCCCUAGUAUUUAGCAUGCAUUUUGUUCAGAUGUGCCUUUUUGUUUUGGCAAGCAAAGGUGUCUUAAGCUAAAGAGUUGCCUACUGUUUCGGAGAACAAAGCUAUAUGCCAUGUAUGUACAGUUGUUUAUAUUGUAUAUUUACAGAUAAUGCUAAUAACCUGUAUAAAUUUAAGUGACUUAAGGCCUGUAAUACAGUCUGCUACUCUUGCAAUCUUAUACAUUCAGAAGCAUUUCCUAUGGCUUAGGAACAAAGUCUUGCCUUCCAAACCUAAUAAUGUUCUUUAGCUCUAACUUCGUUUAAUUACAAAUUCCCUUUUGGAAAUUGGUAGCAUUUAAACCAGCAAACACUUAAAGCUUUAUUAAACUUUUUAAACUGAAAAGUGAAUGGAACUUUUCUUUGCCAGUUGAACUACUUGUUGUUUGAACUGGUGUGAGAGUGAGUCUGUUUUACUGGUAGUACUGUAGCAGAAUUUGUAAAGUGGCCAAAAGCCACAUUUUAUUUACUGGUCUGUGGCCUUUUACUGUGCUUUGUAUCAGAGUUCUUAACAAGAUUAAUAAAUCACCCCAGUCUUAAUUUUUAA